CUUUGUUCUUCUUACCUUGACCUGUUCUUGUAGACUCAUCGGUUCAUUUGUCACGACUUCUCCGCAACAUUAUUGUACUUAUCGACAUUUGAGACAUAUCAGAUCUAAUCGCUUGUCCAUAGAAAUCAUACACCAUGGCCCCCGCAAUCGCAACUCCUCGCAAGCUAUGGCAGCAUCCCAAUCCAAAGUCCACGGAAAUGUGGAAGUUUAUGCAAACCUCGAACCGAAAGCGCGGGCUGAACAUGCAGACGUUUCGCGAACUGUACGCAUGGAGUAUCGGUGAUAGACGAACGGAGUUUUGGGAGGACUUGUGGGAUGGCAGUGGGCUAAUCUACGAAGGGAGCUACACUCAUGUUGUUGACGCUUCUGCGCAUAUGGACAGCAUCCCACAUUGGUUCGAAGGCACAUACUUGAACUUCGCCGAGAACAUCCUCUUCGCAGCUUCGCCAUCAAAUCCAUCCAUCCAGACCACCAAACAUAAGGAAGACUCCAAGAUCGCUUUAACAGAAGUACGCGAGGGCAACACUGAAGUUCGACAUUUGUCAUGGGGUGACCUUCGCCGACGUGUCGGUCUGCUUGCCAAUGCCAUGCGAGCAAAGGGAGUGAAGAAAGGUGAUCGGGUCGCAGUGGUAGCGAGCCAUAGUAUCGACACGUUCGUCUGCUUCAUGGCUGCUGUGAGUCUUGGUGGGCUGUUCAGCUCCAGCAGUACGGAUAUGGGGACGCAGGGAAUUCUUGAGCGCUUACUCCAGAUCAAACCUGCCUACGUUUUUGUCGACGACUGGACAAUUUACAAUGGGAAGACUAUCGAUCUCCGGCCCAAGAUCCAGCAGAUUGUUGAAGGUUUGGAAGGCGUCUCAGAGUUCAAAGGGAUAGUCAGUCAACCAAGGUUCCCCGGGAAGCCAGCAGAUGUGAACAACAUCUCGAAGACAGUGACACUACAAUCCUUCUUGGAAGCUGCGAACGGUGAUACGGGGCUGAAGUUCGAACGAGUGGCUUUCCGCGACCCCUUCCUCGUUGUAUAUUCCAGCGGUACCACCGGUGUGCCGAAAUGCAUAGUCCAUUCCACCGGCGGAGUUCUGGUCAACUUUGCUAAAGAGGGCAAGCUUCAUGGCGAGCUGGGCCCUGACAGCGUCAAGUUGCAAUACACAACAACUGGCUGGAUCAUGUACCUUGUAUCUCUGCAAUGCUGUCUAUUUGGCACCCGCAGCGUCUUGUACGACGGCUCCCCUUUCAACCCCUCCCCGCAAGCCUUCCUUUCCAUCCUCGAAGAACAGCGCGUAACCGACUUCGGCACCUCACCCCGCUUCCUGCAAGAGCUGCAGAAACUCUCCAUCGUGCCCAAGAAACAGUUCGACCUAUCGGCGCUCCGCUCCGUCACAACAACAGGUAUGGUACUUCCCGAUAGUGUGUCUGAGUGGUUCUACGACACCGGAUUUCCAUCAACCGUCUUCUUGAAGAACAUCUCUGGUGGCACGGAUCUCGCUGGUUGCUUUGGGACUGCGAAUCCCCUCGAACCUUUGUAUUUGGGUGGAUGUAUGGGCCCGUCUUUAGGCAUAAAACUUGAGGUGUACGACAGCACGAUUGAGAGUGGACCAGGCCGCGCUCUUCCACACGGGGAGCCUGGCGAACUCGUCGCCACAGCGAGUUUCCCUAACCAACCCGUGUUCUUCUGGGGCGACGAAAGUGGUGAGAGGUAUUACAAUGCAUACUACACACGUUUCCCGCACGUUUGGACUCAUGGAGAUUUCAUCGAGGUCCAUCCUGUUACAGGCCAGGUCUUCUUCCUUGGUCGCGCAGACGGAGUCCUCAAUCCUUCAGGAGUGCGGUUCGGCUCUGCGGAGAUAUACUCCGUCAUCGAGGAGAAUUUUCCAGAAGUCGCGGACAGCAUUUGUGUGGGGCAGAGGAGGCCAGAAGAUAACGACGAGAGCGUCUUGUUGUUCCUCAAGAUGAACGAUGGAUUUCAGUACAGUCAGGAUCUGGCAGAUAGGGUCAAGAGCAAAAUUGGUCAGGAGAGAAGUCGCAGACAUGCUCCGAGAUAUGUGUUCCAAACUUGGGAUAUUCCGACAACAAUCAACGGGAAGAAGGUCGAGCUCCCAGUCAAGCAAAUCGUUUCCGGCAAGGCCAUCAAAGCAAGUGGUACACUGGCUAAUCCAGACAGUCUGAGUUACUACUACCAAUUCGCCAAGAUGGAGGAAGUACUGCAGGAGCAGAACGGCGUGAAGGAGAAGAGGAGAAGGAGCAAGCUAUAGCGCACCCACCA